AUGGCGGUCAUGCAGAAGGCGUUUCGGCGGGACGGGCUCUCUAAGGAAGCCUCCGUUGGCAGCUCCCAACCGGCUCCCAAGCAGGCGGCUGGGCCCUGGUGCCAGCCCUCUAGCAAGCCUCCAUACCGCUGGCCUACAGCAGGACCUGCUGGUCAGGAGAGUGUCUCAAGGAGGAAGCGGGGACGCCCCUGUGCUCCAGCCAGGCCAGCCCUGCCCCCCGGGAGGAGGAGUGGACCCCUGUGCUCCUCCAGCCAGGCCAGCCCUGCCCCCCGGGAGGAGGAGUGGACCCCUGUGCUCCUCCAGCCAGGCCAGCCCUGCCCCCCGGGAGGAGGAGUGGACCCCUGUGCUCCUCCAGCCAGGCCAGCCCUGCCCCCCGGGAGGAGGAGUGGACCCCUGUGUUCCUCCAGCCAGGCCAGCCCUGCCCCCCAGGAGGAGGAGUGGACCCCUGUGCUCCUCCAGCCAGGCCAGCCCUGCCCCCCAGGAGGAGGAGUGGACCCCUGUGCUCCUCCAGCCAGGCCAGCCCUGCCCCUGGGGAGGAGGAGUGGACCCCUGUGCUCCUCCAGCCAGGCCAGCCCUGCCCCUGGGGAGGAGGAGUGGACCCCUGUGUUCCUCCGGCCAGGCCAGCCCUGCCCCCCGGGAGGAGGAGUGGACCCCCUGUGUUCCUCCGGCCAGGCCAGCCCUGCCCCUGGGGAGGAGGAGUGGACCCCUGUGCUCCUCCAGCCAGGCCAGCCCUGCCCCUGGGGAGGAGGAGUGGACCCCUGUGCUCCUCCGGCCAGGCCAGCCCUGCCCCUGGGGAGGAGGAGUGGACCCCUGUGUUCCUCCGGCCAGGCCAGCCCUGCCCCCCGGGAGGAGGAGUGGACCCCCUGUGUUCCUCCGGCCAGGCCAGCCCUGCCCCCGUGA